AAGAAAGCCAGUUGUACGUUGAAAAAGAAAAAGACAGAAGAAAGCCAAGUCGUACAGUGGUGAUCAAUAACUCAACAGUGACCCUAAUCACACCGGGUCACACACACAUACACAGGAAGAGCUCAACAGAGUCAGAACCUGUAGCUGGAAGUCGGAGAAAGUGUGAAGAGACGAGGGAAACAUGGCAGCAAAAGAGGCAUUGGAGUCCCGGAACCAAGCGCGACUGGCAAUUCUGGAACUGGCCAACAUGAUCAGUGUGCCCAUGUCCCUCAAUGCCAUCGUCCGACUCAACGUUCCCGACGCUAUCUGGCAGUCCGGCUCCAACACUCCCCUCUCCGCCUCUGAGAUCCUUUCGCGCGUCCUUCCCACCGGCGGCGAUGCCGAAAAUCUCCAACGAAUCCUUCGUAUGCUCACCAGUUAUGGCGUCUUCGCCGAGCACAUCGGCUCUGGCGGCGAGAGAAAAUACUCCCUAACCGACGUCGGCAAAACCCUCGCCACCGAUGACGAAGGCCUAUCCUACGCGGCCUACGUACUCCAGCACCACCAGGACGCGUUGAUUCGAGCGUGGCCCUUGGUGCACGAGGCAGUGAAGGACUCAACGGAGGAGCCGUUCGUGAAGGCGAACGGAGAGGCGGCGUACGAUUACUAUGUGAAAGAUCCGGAGAUGAACGAAUUGAUGGUGAAGGCGAUGUCGGGGGUAUCGGUACCGUUCGUGAAGGCGGUGCUGGAGGGUUACGAUGGUUUCGAAGGGGUGGAGAGAUUGGUAGACGUGGGUGGGAGUGGAGGGGAUUGUCUGAGGAUGAUCUUACAGAAACAUCCGAGCGUGAGGGAAGGGAUUAACUUCGAUCUGCCUGAAGUGGUGGCGAAAGCACCGGCAAUUUCUGGUAAGCCGGUCACUCACGUGGGAGGUGACAUGUUCAAGUCUAUUCCUCAAGGGGAUGCCGUCUUCAUGAAGUGGGUACUGACAACGUGGACGGACGAGGAGUGCAAGAGGAUACUGGAGAACUGUUACAAGGCUCUGCCGGAGGGAGGAAAAGUGAUAGCUUGUGAGCCAGUGCUGCCCGAGGAAUCAGAUGACAGCCACAGAACUCGAGCAUUGCUGGAGGGUGACAUUUUUGUGAUGACAAUCUACAGAGCCAAAGGUAAGCAUCGCACCCAGGAUCAGUUCAGGCACCUCGGCCUCUCUGCUGGUUUCUCUCGUUUCCGUGUCCUCCAUUUUGACUACUUCUAUGCCCUCCUUGAAUUCCAAAAGUGAACAUUUGUACCCACUUCUUCUUACCCUUCAUUUACUGUUUUGACCUUUGUUUAUGAUCCACAUUCCAGACCUGGUUAUGCGCACAGUAUUGUUAGCUAAUUCCACGUCUUCAUUUUGAAUGAUUUCAAGCCUUCUAAAUUUACCAUA